AAAGCAAACAAUUUCCAGGCCCGCCGCGUCUAGCAAAAAAUAUGAGAAAAAAAUUAUUAAAAAUUCAGAAAAUAGUUGAAAGUCAAGAAAAACUCAAGGAAAAGGAUGUUAAAGCGUCCAGGGCCUCUGUGUCCGGCCGGUCUUGAGCACAUAAAACUGGAUAGAAUAAUUGCAUCAGUACUUGUCGGGCACAGUGCCUCUGUCAAUGUAGCUGGCCUGCCCUAGGGAGCCAUGGCCACGGGAACUCAGGGCCACCGUGACCACGUCCUGGACAAAGCUAAACUUGCACCACCCACAGGGAGGCGCAGGAAAACAGAAGGGAAGCCGAAGAAGAAUUUCUCUUGCCAGGAGUGUCAGAAAGCCUUCAACAGUCUGGAGAAGUUGAAGGUGCACUCGUACUCUCACACAGGAGAAAGACCGUACCGCUGCUCCCACCCUGACUGCACCAAGGCUUUUGUCUCCAAAUACAAGCUGCUACGGCAUAUGGCAACUCACUCGCCAGAAAAAAACCACAAGUGUUCAUACUGUGAGAAAAUGUUCCACCGCAAGGAUCACUUAAAGAAUCACCUACACACUCACGACCCACACAAGGAGGCCUUCACCUGUCAGGAGUGUGGCAAGAGCUACAACACCAAGCUGGGCUUCAAACGCCACCUCGCCCUCCACGCCGCCAACAGUGGAGACCUCACCUGCCAAGUGUGCCUGCAGCCGUUCCCCAGCACUGGAGUUCUCCUGGAACACCUCAAGACGCACGCUGGCAAGUCCUCCGGCGGGACCAAAGAGAAGAAGCAUCGCUGCGAGCACUGCGAGCGCCGCUUUUACACCCGCAAAGAUGUGCGGCGCCACAUGGUGGUGCACACCGGACGCAAGGACUUCCUUUGUCAGUACUGUGCCCAGCGCUUUGGGAGGAAGGACCACCUGACGCGUCACAUGAAGAAGAGCCACGCGCGGGAGCUGCUAAGGGUAAAAACUGAGCCGGCUGAUCUGCUGGAGCCCGCCGUCUGUGACCUGGCGUCUGGGAGCAUCAAGGACGAGCUCCCGGGAAUGGUGACGCCACGGCCCCACCAGCUCAACACGACUACAGGCCUCGUCCUCGACACAGAGCCCUUCCCCACCGCUACACAUCCCCUCUCGUUAAAGUACCCACUGGGCUCCAACUUUACCUCAUAUGCCGUCUCCUCUCAAGAGCGGGAGCAGAACCUAAAGGGAGAACUGGAGACCUACUUGAUGGAGCUUCAGAGCAGCAUGCCCUCCUCAUUCUCUGCAGCCCAGGACGCCCAGCUCUCCUCCUCCAAACUUGAGCUGGUGCCUCAAGGGGGUGCCCUGGAGGAAGUGAUUGAGGAGGUGUCCCUGUCCAAAAUGCCCACAUCAGGUGACUCUCUGGCCUCAUCUUCCUCUCUAAUGGACUUUUCACAGCUGUUCAACUUUCUGCCACUGAACGGGCCUCUGUACAACCAGGUAGGGGGCGGCGGGGGGCAAGGUGUCACCUUUCCACCCAACGAAGAUCCUGCACCUCUCGUCCAGCCGUCCUCACAGGCCCACGCAGGCUCGGAAGCGUCAGAGAGUCCACUUCAAGGGCUGCACCCCUCCUUCAUAUCCAGCCUGAGCACACCCACCACGCUGCCCCGCUUCCACCAAGCUUUCCAGUGACCCAGUACGUCCUGGGCCUGGCACCCCUGCACACACUGACACUCAUGUUGAGCUAGGACGUCCCGCCGGCUGUUUACAUCCAAGAUGUUUAGAGAAAUGAAAUCACAUACCCUCCUCCGUGCACGGCCCAGCCCCACCAGAGACUACUACAAAGUUAGAAAGCGGUAAAUAUUCACCAGCAUUAUUUUCUAAUAUCAUGUUCAUGUGGCAGCAGGAAAAUGUUCCUCUAGUUUCCAGCUUUGAGUCCAGUUGAAUGUUUCACUCUAGAGUCAGAAUGAAUGAUUAAUGUGGACGCUCCUCACCAGAGCCAGAGUUUAAACAUGUCUUCAGUCUGAUGAAAAGUGACUUUCUCUUUAGUUAACCCAACAAUAAUCGACUCAGACCUCAACCUUAGAGUAUUUCAUGUUGCAUCCUGUUCUUUAUUUGUCGGAGUUAAGGAACAGUUUGUAGUUUUAGGAUGAUUUAUCUAUUUAAUGAACCACACACAACUAAAGGUCAUUAUUUGUCAUGUUCUUGGCAAUCAUCAGACGUAAACAGACUAAAAGAUGUAAAAUUUAAACAAAGCUGCUCGACAUAAUCCAUAUUAUAUCGAGUUAGUUUAAAGUAUUAUAAUUUUACAUUUAGUCUUGGUAGUUGAUAGAAAUUCUGGUCAAGUGUUAUCUUAAUUAUCUCAACUGUGCAUUUUCAGUUUCAUAACAGCUGGAUUCUGGUCUUUCAGGGUCUUGGGUACCCCCCCCCCCCAUCCCAAACAGCUGCUAGCUCUGAGCAUCCUCCUGAUAUCUUCCUUUCCCUUCUCCCUCCACACCUCCUCUCCACAUUCAGCAUUAGUUUAACUCCUGAUUCCACAAACUCUCCUCGAACUCCAGCCGUCAGUCAUCAUAGAGACACGCUUCAAUCACCGAUGGCUCAUCUGAAGCUAUCACCUUUUCAUUUACUAUUUAUAUAUUAAUAUAUAUUAACAACAGCUGGAGCCUCUGUAGUUUUAUUGAUGAAUAUUUUGGCCCCUUCGUUUAAAAACAACAGUAAUGUCCUCCCUGUUUUUGCCAGUUCAUUAGGUACACCUUCUUUACCUUCAGUUGUCCAUUCGUUGCUCAACGUUUACUCAUCCUGGGGUAUGGAAUGGCAGGUCGCCCAUGAACCAGAGGGUUGUAGGUUCAAGUAUAAGCCCUGUGUAUAAGAUAACAAAUUAAGUGUUAGUGUCCAAAUAUGACCCCAAUUGUAUUUGUAUUUGAGCUGGAAUCUAAAAUUUAAGGCGGCCCAUCCACAUAUGCUUUCCAGUCACUUUCAUACACAUUAUUUAACCAGUACUGCAUUACUAAAUCUUCACAUCAAAGAUGCCUUAGCCUGUUUUAGACAUUAGACAUGCUGCGGUGAUAAUAGGUAGGGCAAGUAUAGAGCGUGGUAUAUGUAGGUCAUCGGUCGCUGUCCUUCUUAAAACUGUGAAGGAAUAUUCAUUCAGAUGCAGUUUCAAGCUUUGGGAGAAAGUUCCAGCUGUUUUGGAGGCUAGUGAAAUGUUGAUGAGGUCACAUAACUGAAGUUUGUGAAGGUUCUCAGUCAUCCAGGUCAUGGUAAUCCAAAAGGCGUUGAAUACGGGCAACUGGACUUGUAAAAGAUAAAGUUGUCCUUAUUCGACGCCUUGUGGAGCACAUAACUUAAGUUUAAGUUUUUGUUGAAGUGUCUGCUCCUCUUCUCCAAGAUAAAGCUGAAAUAAGAGUUGAGAUGUUCUUUGAAAAAAAAAGAAUGUUGAAAUUCUUAAAUUUAUCAUUAAAUUAACAGUGAAUCCGUUUAACUGGAUGGUUCUGGUUUGGUGGUAGACGCCUCAAAGGGACCAGAAAACAAACAUUAGAGCUCCAGCUAGCAUGCAUGGGUAAACUGCUAAUGGAUCAGUGUUUGGGUUUUAAUUGGAUCAGAUGCAUCCAUCUGAACAAAAGGAAACAUUCAGAAGAUCAGCAGGGCUAAAAUUAAAUCAGUUCAUAAAAGACCACGUCUAGCAGACACAGAAUGCGCAAUCUAACAUAGAAAAGCAUCAUUUAUCUAUUUUUAGUCCCCUCAUCAAGCAGACGUCCCAGCUGGACGUCCUGCUCCGACCCAGACUCAUCCAGCCUCAGCCACCACACCGUGGUCUUCACAUGUAGUCAGAAAGAGGGAGCUCAGAUUUAUUUGUACCUGUACUUCCUCUCGACUUUAAUGAUUGUUGGUGCAACCAAAGCUGCAGCUGGUUUAAAGUGUUGCUGUCUAUGCUGGGCACAGGACAGGUUCCCCAGAGAAAGAGGGUGUCUACUCUAGAUUAUAUAUAUCUGCAUAUUAUAUAUAUGGAUCAGACAGUAACAGUUACUACUGAUGCCUACAUUCUUCCAGCGUCAUCACAAUCCAAACCAUCUCCGGCAUCUUCAUAGACCUUAGUGAGAGAUGGCGACUGUAAACAUCCAUGAGAAUAAAAGAACGUGUUUGUAGAUGGAAGCUGGUGCUUCAUGUCGGUGUGUUGGAGACUCUCACAGUGAAGCAGGUCUCGUAGCAUCUCCAGUCUCUGUGUCUGGUCAUGUUCUUUAUUCUUUGACCAAAUCAUUCCUGAUUGAAAUGAGAACUGACUGAAAACUACUGGAUGAUAUUGAGGGCAAACAUUCAAACCGACUCACUUUCCCAUGUGACCCAUACUCCCAGGGUCUCACUUCUCUUCCGUCUGUUCCCAUCCAGCCAGACAAAGGUGAUAUUAGCUGUUAGCAUUCCAGAAACAGACCUCAUUUUGGACGUUUGUCCCUAAAUAUUCUUUCAGGAGACAGUAGAGCUCACCAUACCCCACCCCACCCCCAUCCCCCCCAAGACCUAACCCUCCAUUAGCAGUGUCCUUUAUUUUUCUGGGUUGUGUGAAAUGUAGAGUUGAAUGUGUAACGUGUCAAAGCAUUUACAAAAUGUUUGUAUCUUGUGAAGGUUUAUGGUUUUAUGGGAGAUGUCAGCAAGCCGCCAUGUUGUUUUUUUUUUAGUUGUGUUUUUUUGUUUUUUGCAAUCAUAGCACUUUUUGAUGCCUUCAUUUCUUCCAAUACCCAUAGUUUAAAACCUUUUAAAACUCUUAUUACAAAUAUAUAGAUGAUAUAAUUAGUGCUUUAGAGAAUAAUAACUUGUAAAUACAGUAUAUAAAAUGUUUUAUUUUUACAGGUACAGUUUUGACAGUGUUGUUGUUUCUUAUCAAAGUGUAACUUUUGCUUAACUUGCACAAAUGUUCUGUGUAUUUCAUUGAGGGUUUUUUUCUGGGCUCACCUCUG